GGUUCAACUCGUCUGUUGUACAGGGUCAGUCUCACCAGUAUACCAGGGUUCAACUCAUCUGGUGUACAAGGCAGAGAUGCCAACACAUACGAAUUUUUCGUAUUUUAUACGAAUUUUCCAUUUGAAAACAACACUACGACCAGUUACCAUGAAACUACGAAAAAAAUAUAUUAUGCUACUACGAAAAUGUCGAAAGUACAAAAAAUAUAUUUUUCGGAUGUUGAAAUCCGUAUUUUCACACAACCCUUUCCCAGUCUCCAUGCAAGGCCUUGUUGCUUCCAAAACUGCCGAUCCUGGGAGAAUGAACCUUGUCAGUGCGUGUAACGCGAAUGUUGAUUGGUUGGAUUUUCACGCUUUUUCGGACACCUGGCCAAUGAGUAAACUGGAUGCAUAAGUUCUUGUUCCUAGGUGUGUUAGGUUUUCCGCCAUGACCGAAGCCAGAAGGAAGAUGGAACGCGUUCAGCAACUUCAGGGAAAGAAUAAUCAACGGUUCAAUGAUAAAUAUACAUCCAUGUGGCCCUGUAUUCGGCCAUCGAGGAAGGGAGUGCAUUACGCGACGUGUACAGUUUGCAAUAGUGACAUUUCGGUCCGACACAGUGGCCAGUACGAUAUAAAACUCACAUCGCUUCGCCGAAACACAGAGACAACAUCAACACAGCAAGUUCGACCCAUUCGAUCGAGAACUUCAUCACAGUCACACGGUCGAGUGGCUCUGACAACUCUGUUAUCAAGGCAGAAUGUCUGAUGACUAGUUUUCUAGUUGAAUGCAACGUACCUGUCGCCACUGCUGACAAACUUUCGCCACUAAUGUAUAAGAUGUUUCCAGACAGCAAAAUCGCCAAGUCAUUCGCUUGUAAACGAACCAAAACUACUCACAUCAUUCAUGAGAUGUCUAAGGAUUGUGUUCAAAAAUUGUCACAAGUGAUUGUGGACAAUGUCUUUGGCAUCGCUACUGAUGGUAGCAAUGAUAGAGGGUAUUCUAAUCAAAUAUACCCAGUUGUCAUUAGAUACUAUGAUCCAGCUGUCAGUAGAGUAUUGACUGGACUUUUAAGCCUCCCAGCAUGUGACGGGCGUAGUACAGGUGAAAAUAUUUUCAAACUAUUGGAUAAUGAAGUGAAGGAACACUCAGAAUGGAGAAAGUGUGUGGCUUUUUGUAGUGACAAUGCAAAUGUGAUGAUGGGACGAAAUAAAGGUGUGGCAGGGUUUGUCAUUCAGGAGCAUCCAGAUAUCUUUGUGACUGGUUGUGCAUGUCAUCUGUGCCACCUUGCUGCAUCCAAAGCAGCCAGUGAGAUCAAUCAUGUAUCAAACAUUGAGGAGUUGCUUGUUGAUGUAUACUUCUACAUUGAGAAAAGCUCCAACAGAACCAAGAGCUUGAUGGAGUUUCAAGAACAAUGUGGAAGUGACACUUUAAGAAUUCUAAAGCAUACAAACACUCGUUGGCUGUCACCAGCCGCUUCAAUUGACAGGCUGUUGAAGAUGUGGGAGCCACUUUCUCAGUUCUUUGAGCAGGAGUGUGCUACUUCAGUGAAAACCGGUCGCAAACGGAAGCUUACUGAGAAAGACACUUCCAGUGGCAACUUCAAGUCAAGACCUGAGAGAGUUCUGCAUGCCUUGACAGAUCCAAACACCAAGCUCUACUGCCUUUUCCUACAAGCAGCUAUUCCAACAUUCAACACCAUGAACCUAGUGCUACAGAGAGAGGAACCCAUGAUCCACUUGGUUCACUCUAAGUGUGUCACAUUUCUAACCAAGUUGCUGGUUAGGUUUAUUACUCCAGAUGCCAUCACCAAAGCUGAAAACUUGCAGACUCUUGACUUCCAUGAGAGAAAAUUGCAGAAGUCCAGAGAAGAUAUCGUCAUCGGACAAAAUGCCAGGUGUUACAUGGAGCAGUGCAAGGAACAGGGCCUGAUGACCCCUAAGGACAGAAGCCUGUUCUUUGACAGUGUGAGGAAAUACUAUGCAACUGCUGCCACUUACAUCACUCAAAAAUUCCCUCUCAAUGACCCUGUGCUACAAAACGCCAAUGUUGUUAAUAUCCAGAGGAGAACAGAGGCAAAGUUCUCUGACCUACUAUACUUUGUACAUAGGUUUCCCUGUAUAAUGCCAGAUGAUGCCACAGAAGAUGACUUGCAGAUGGAGUUUCUUAUGUACCAGGUAGAUCCUCUGCCUUCAGUGGACUCAGACAUGAGAAUUGACCAGUCUUGGCAUUUGUUAGGACAGUUAAAGCAACUGGAUACCACACAGCCAAAGUACAAAGUGUUGUCACAUGUGAUGUUGGGAAUACUGGUAAUCCCUCACAGCAAUGCUGAUUCUGAGAGAAUUUUCUCCACUGUGCCUAAAGCCGCGUUUAGACUACAGCCGGGCCGGGCCCAUUUUAGCAGGGUCGCGCUUGAUCAGGGCCGAGCCCCCUUGACAAGUACCGUUUACAUUACACGCCUCGCUGGCGGGCCAAAUCCAUUAUCACAAACAGGAACGACAACUCAGGUUGAGUUGGGCUAUUUAUUUGUGGCACUCUUCAGACAUUGGAGGUACAAACACUUUAUUCAGCUGCGAAAAUGGCGCUGCCAGUAGUUGUAAGGCAAAGAUACAGACGGCCUUUUCGAAACUCAUAUACAUCCACCUGUAUGAUGUUCUCGUUGUGACGAGCGCUCUCAAGUUGCGCCUGCACGUUUUCCUCGCCCCAAAUAGCUAAUAGCUGUUCUGUCUCCUCUUUUGUCCAAUUAGCGCCACGAUUUGUUGACAUAUUUAAAUUCUUAUUGUUCGAAAA